UUUGAAAGCUCUUCUACCGGAUUAUAUUUUUAUGAUUGAGAAAAUCUUUUCAUUUUGCAAAACUACUCUACUGGGUAAGUACUAGAUUAAUGAAGGCCCAUAUUGUCAACUUUUUCAGAGCAAAAAAAAAAAAUAAUAAUAAAUAUUAUAAUAAUCCUCUAGGCAACCACGCACGAACUCCCGUAUAAUCGAUAUUAUUUUAUGUGCUCGUAUAAAUUUCUCCACAUCAUGUCUGUUCCAGUUGAUUCGUUGUGUAUUGAGCUGUUGACUUUAAAUAAAUUUGUUGUUCAUAUUGAAGUUUAUAAUUUAUUAAAUAAAAUAAUAUUAGAUUUUUUUACUUAAAUACAUACAUACAAAUAUUUGCAAAUAUUUUUUAUAGAUCUUUAAUCGAUUAAGAACAACAAUAACGUGAAAUCACAAAAAUGCUGCCGAAUAUGCGUACACGACGAAUCGCUGGUCUGCAUUUGACUGGCAAGGGAUAUGGUCCUCAAGCGAAAAUACCACCGAAGUAUACGGAGGAAGACUGGGACUUCAAUAAUCAGGUGAAAUUUCGCAUCACCUGCGAUCAGGAACGUUUAGCGGAGCGUAUUGUAGAAGAAUCACAACGGAUUGUGGACGAAACCAAAGACACUACUAAAAGUUGGCAGCGUGAAGUGGAGCAUCAUAUGCGCGAGCGCACUAGCGAAAUUCGCUUUUUAUUAGAUGAAUUGAAUAGGCAAAAGAAAACGGCCAUGCUGGAGGAUGAGGCGCUGAAUACAUAUCGUAAUCGUGUACUCAACGCUAUCGAUUUUCUGAAGGAGAAAUCGUUGGCCAUAAAUCAGCGUUGUCAGAUACUGCGAGAAGGUCGUAUUGGAGUGGACCUGUGCGAUGACGAGGUGGAUCGUUGUUUGCGUCGCGAGUUGAAGGUUAUUAAAGGCUGUCAGUGUUUAAUGGAUCGUUCACUGAAAGAGGCAAACGAACAGAUACGUAGUCUACGCGCCACAAUGUAUUUGUUAGAUAAGGAUCUGGCACAGAAGGAUAAAUCUCUCUUGAUUGAUGAAAAUAAUUUAACACUGCGAGAGACACAGCGCAAUUUAGGUCACGGAAAAGAUCUAUCGAAUCUUGAAUGUCGUUACUCAUUGGGCGAGUGGCAACAUACAACAUAUAAAAACAUUGAAGACAACGCCAAAGAGUUGAAUUCAGCCUCACAAUUGCGUGCUUAUAUUGAUUUGUUGUUGAAACAGGUGUGCGAGGACAUGCAAAAUCAAACGGAUCGCACCAAUGAGGCUUUCGAACGGCGCAUCGCCGAAAUGAAGCACAUUAAGAAAUGUUUAGAGGAUAAGCACAACGAUUGCAUGACUCAUAUACACGAGCUGCAACGCAACAUUCAGCAGUUGGAGAAGGAGUUGGCCGAUAAGCAACGCUCAUUGACUCUCUGUCAGACGCGUUUGAGUAAUCGUGCACGUCGCCCGGGCCUUGAGCUAACCUGUGAUAGUGUGCAGGAUGCACUCUAUCAUGAAAUGGAGGCCUUGCAAGCAUCAAUAUGUAAACUGAAUCAGAAGAUCAAUGAAAAUAAAGCUUCGUUACGCUAUUUGCUACACGUACAAAUAAUGCAGGAGGAAGAGAUCAAUAUUAAAGCUAACAGCAUCAAAAUUGACGAAGUUGACUGCAUGACCAUUAGGCAAGCCCUGAAAUAUCAAUCGUUCUAAAUUCUAAAGCAAUCGAGUGCAAUCAAAACUAUAUAUUUAUUGAUAUAAUUGUAAUUCCAUGUUAACAUGUGACACAUUCAUAUGUAUAAAGACAUAUGUACAUAUGGUAUAUAAAAUCACUGCCAUUUAUUAUGCGUUCUACUACAAAUAAAAUUAGCCGCUUUCUCUA